GGCGUGUGUCAAACGAUGUCGUAAUAGGCGAUGCAAUAGCCUAUCCUCGGAGCUUUCAAAAUUUUGGGCUCUCUGCAACUUCCAUGGAUUCGAAAGCUUCAACAGUUCAGACUCCCCCACAAAACCCCAAAACCAUAAUUCGGUCACCACCUAAAGGCAGAGACUUCUUGGACCACCUCGAAGCCUACCUCGCAAAACGAGAUGGCGUGGACAAGCUCCUCAAGAUUUCCAGGUACGCCACCAAGAUCGUCCUCGCCUCCUCGGUGCUCCCCGAAACCCUAACCAUAACUGGCCGGCUCAAGAGCUUCGAUUCCAGCGUGGGACUCAGCCGCAAAGCCUUCCGACUCGGAAAGUUCGUCCAGGACCUCAACGCACUCAAGCACUCCCAUUUCGGUUCGAAACAAGAGCUCGUCCUCUCCAUCGUCGCCUAUGGCGGCGAGGGAUUGUAUUAUUUCGUCGAACAGUUUAUCUGGCUAUCCAAAUCGGGUCUGAUCGACGGCAAACACUCGCGCAAUUUGCAAAAGAUCAGUGCCUGGGCGGAGUUCAUCGGGUACAUGGGUAGUGUCUCGUUGAAAUUGAUAGAUUUGAAGGGGAUCGCCGAGGACGAAGCGUGCUUGGAGACGAGUAUUGAGGUCGCGGUUUCCAGGGGAAUUGGGUGUCUCGAAGAAGAGCAGAGGUUGAGGAAAUUGAGGGAGAAGAAGCUGAUGAAGAAGCUCUCGAUCGUUCAAGAUUUUGCAGAUGGGCUAAUGGCGUUGGCUGAUAUUCGCGACGGGAAGGGGCGGCUUUCGGCGCCGCUUUUUGUUUCGUGUGCGGGGCUUUUAUCGGCGCUGAUUAGCACUCAUAAGAAUUGGUCGUCUUGCUGAGUUUUUUGGCCUUUUACAAGGUAUGAUUGCUGGGCACUUGUGGGGUUUUGUUAUAAUUGUUCACCGAGUUAUGAAUUUUAGUAGUGAUAAUUCAAAUUGGGAGGGGGGAACGAGAUAACUCUGCCGGAGAUACAAUGUGAAGACCAUGAAGGUUCAUAACUUCAUCGGUUCUCUUGUUUUUACAUUUCUUCGAACAAAUAAAACCAUACAGGGAUAGUGGAUCAAUAUAUGAUAUUUUUUACAGUAA